AUGGCUCAGAUUAGAAUAUCUGAAAUAAACUUGCAGCAUUUGGACAGUUGCCAAUUUCGAAGACAAAUCGGCUUUGUCCCAGAGGAACCAAAACUUUUUCACGGAACAAUCGCUCAGAACAUUCGAUUCGGUCGUCUGAAUGCAAGCGAUGCGGAAGUUCAACGCGCGGCUAUGCUAUCUAAUGUGCACUCGUUCAUUGUAGACCUGGAACAGGGCUAUGAAACUCCUGUUUGCCAGUUGUCCCAUCAAAAAUAUACAAUUUAUCGCUGGCUUAUUGCACUCGCCAGAGCAGUGAUCCGGAAUCCGAAUCUGCUCUUACUAGAAUAUCCACACGCACGAUGGAAUACGAACUCGGGACGAGGUGUUCUACUGGAAGCUGUCAAACUGGCGUCGACGGGUAAAACCGUGAUUUUUACAAGUCGAUAUCCAAAUCUGGUGAUGGAUGCUGAUCAAAUCCUAGUGCUGGACAAAGGUGUUGUGAGACAAGUGGGAAAUCACUCGCAACUGGCGGAGGAGGAAGACGGACUCUAUUCGGUCAUGUUGCGUGUUUAUCACCCAGUCAGACAGACCUUAUUCGGUCGAACUUUGCGCAUAAAUCGACCCGAGAUGGGCUAUAUCAUCGGUGGUUGUAUCAGUAGCCUGGUCGCCGGAGCUGCUCAGCCAUCCUUUGCCGUUCUGUAUUCGGAAGUUUUCGAUGGUUAUUUCUUUGGUGUAUCGAAUGAGCGCCUGGUCAGUCGUCUUCGGGUGAAAUAUUUCGAAGCUAUUCUACAUCAGGAGAUUUCAUGGUUUCGGUCUCUCGAUCAUCGCGCGGAUUUGUUGACCAAACACCUGGCGGACACAGUCGGACAUCUUCGCACUCUAUCCGGCUAUCAGAUUGGAAAGUUGGUUGAAGCCCUCGCACUGAUUAUUUGUUCCGUGGCCAUCUCAUUCUCGUGCAGUUGGCCCCUCGCCCUGGUCACCGCGGUGUUUGUUCCACUGGUGAUUUUGGGGAGCCUGAUACAAUUCCGUCAUUUCGUUCGGUCUCGUCCAACUCCGUCCGCAUUGCCGUUUGUGAAUGAUGUGUUGACCGACAUUAGGACUGUGCAAUAUUUGAACUUACAGGAAUAUUUCACCGCGUUGUACGAGCAAAAACUGGAUGAACUUAAACGUUUCGAAACGAAAGAAAGUUUGGUGCUGGCCGUUGUGUACUCCCUUACCCAAUCAGCUGGGAUAUUCACACUGGCCGCUGUAUUCGAACUCGGUGCAUACCUGUUCAUGGAACACUCACUUAGUGUGGUAAGGCUUUUCAGAGCAUUUGCGGUGAUGAAUAUGGGUGCCCAAUCGUACGGGAAGUUUUUUGAUCUAUUGCCCGAGAUAAAGAUUGCCUCCGCAAGCGCUGAGCUAAUAUUUGCCACGUUGGAUAGAAAACCGCAAAUUUUGAAGGAAGAUGGGUUGAGACCACAAUCUUCCGAAUUCAGUGGAAAAGUUACCUUUGAUCACGUGACCUCGGGAGAAUGGAACAGAAUGUCAUCGGAAUGCGAAUUUCUAACACAAUUCUCCGGUACCAUCGGACCGGGUCAAGUCGUUGNCGUUGGAUUUGCUGGAUUACCUGGUAGCGGACGACUAGAAAUCCUGGACCUGGUUCAGCGUUUCCACGACCCACUUCCAUCUGGGAAUCCCGAACACGGGAUCUACUUCGAUCGGUGGAACCUUCGAAAUCUCGCGCCUAGUUGGAUUCGUUCGCAGUGUGCACUGAUUUCGCAUGAAUCGGGGCUUUUCAGUCGCAGUAUCAAAGAAAAUAUUGCAUACGGAACUGAGGCCGAACGAGUCACCAUGGAUGGGAUAAUUGAAGCUGCACGUUUGGCGAAUGUUCAUAAUUUUAUUAACACACUACCAGAGGGUUACGAAACAGUGGUCUUACAGGAUGAUCUCCAGUUUUCCGAUGGUCAGCGGCGUCGCAUUGCCUUGGCCAGAGCACUGUUCCGACGACCCAAACUGCUACUUGUCGAUCGAGUCCUGGAAAAUCUCGACAUGGAUGAUCUGCGGUUAGUUUUGAAAGCGAUAAAGGAGAAUAUGAGACGAUUCACUACGCUUAUUGUGCCGCAACAGCUUGCUCAUACGGACAGUAUAGAUCACAUUGUGGUGCUUCAUGACGGUCGACAAGUGGAAUCGGGAACUUUCUCGGAUUUGGUGCAAUCUGAUGGCUAUUUUAAAGCGUUAUUGAUCUUAGAGAAUUCAAAUCUAUUCUAA